AAUCCCCGCUACCCGAGUCCCCGCCUUUCUCACCCCAGCCACCGAGUCCAGACACCCCCAUAAGGUCCUCACAACCCUCACUGACCAACUCACAGACAUCUCGUAGGAACCCUACAGAGACCUUCACAAACCCAGACACCCACGGACGUCCCCACAGAUAUCCGCAGACCCCACCCAGAGACUCUCAGAGUCUCACAAAGAUCCCGCAAAAAACCACUCACAGAAAUCCGGCAAAGCCCCCUUAACAGAAGUGAACCCUCUAGGUUUGUCCCCUCCAGAUCAACGCAGCCCCUUAGGAGACCUCACUCACCGAGGAGGUGACCAGACUGCUGUUGCCACGGUGAAUACUUAACGUUCCGGUUGCCCUGGUGACGGAUCCUCCACUCCGGGACAGGGUUCCAGAGGCUUCAGUCAAGCCUCUCCCUCAUUCGGCCCUGCACCGCCUCGUCCCUUCCCCUCCCCCACUUCCUCAGAACCGGCCCGAACUCCCUCACGAAUUUCUGCAGGUGUCCAAGUCCCUUCCCCAAGCUGUAACUUGUAGGCAAGGGCUCAGCACACAACGCCUGCUGCCAGGGCUAGUCCACAACCAAGCGCCUUCUCUCCCUCGGGGCCAACACUUCCCCGUCCCGCUUCAGACAAGAUCCUGACCUAAAGACUUGUAACAGACGAGACAAAGCCUAGAGAUGGAAGCAGACAAGGUCACAGAAGAGCCUCAUACCACCUUGGAUGCAGAAGAGAGCCUUUCUUCAAAGGACCCCUCUGCUGAGGACUCACAGGAGCCCCCUAUCCCUGAAAGCCCCUUAGAGCCUGCCGUCUCUGAAACCCUGUUAGAGUCCCUUGCCUCUGAAUCUCCUGUGUUGCCCUCCACUUCCCAGACCCCUUUAGACAUCCACACCUCUGAAACCCCUGUAGAGCCUUCCACCUCUACCACCCCUUUAGAACACUCUGCCUCUGAGGUCCCUUUGGAGACCCUUACCCCUGAGACCCAGUUGGAAACCCACAUCCCCAAAGUCCUAGAUCAACAACUUGCUUUUCAGACUUCGUCACUAGGCCAUGCCUCCCCUGAUAAUCCAGAGGAAGAUUUCUCUGAGUCUUCCUCCAGCGAGAGCUCAUGGGCAAAUAGGUCCAUCCACACCUCUGAAUUUGAAGGCUUUCCAAAGCACUCCCUUUCAGGCUCUCCAUCCCAGGUCUACUUGGACACAUCUACAAAAGUGAAGGAAGAGGAAGAAGAGGGCGAGAAAGAGAUGGAUGUCGCUGACAGUAACGCUCACGCAGCUCAGCCUGAACACCGGCUGGGCAAGAAGAAGGGGAAGAAAGGAGUCAGCCGUUAUACCAUCCACCCAGUGGUCCUUGCUAAACAGGCAGACCUGGUGGACGUGGCUAAGGCAAAGCACAGAGAGAAGUUUGGUACGCAAGUGAGUUAUCUUUUCCAAUGGGAGAAGGAUGCAGCCCUGAAUGCCAUACAAACAGACAUAUCCGUGCCCUGCAACAUGGGCCAGUGCCGCUGCCUCAUGUUCUGCUUCAUCCCAUCACGCCCAGAGGAGGUGGGUGAGUUCUGGCUCAAGAGACGGGCCACUUUUGACCCCAGGUCUUGGAGGGCCCAAUGUCGCUGCAAACAUAGCCAUGAAGACCACACAGCUACUGGGUCCCAUUCCUGCAGGGUCAAAGGCUGUUGCUGCAGCUGCUUUGAGUCUAAUUUCCUCUGUGCGGCCUGUGACCGGCGCUGGGAGGAACAUGAGACUUUCUUUGAGACUGAGGAGACCCGGCGGCGAGGAGGGAGGCCACACGGAGCAGACUAUGUGCCUUUUGCAGAGAUGCCUACCCUCCGAGAAGCCAUCAUCAACCACUCUGACUUCGAGGCCCUCCAGAAGCAGGGGCUCUCUGGCCAUCCCAGCUCUUACCCUAGUCCCCCAGGGCUCCCUAGCCCACGUGACGUCCAGCCUGGCCCUCCAUCUAAGCCCCGUAUCUGACCCUUUCACCUCUGCUCUUCCCUUCUCCAGGGACAGACACUGUCGACACCUGGCACAGGCCUCUGUGAGCCUGGCCCAGAUCAGCAAUAAAGAGAAAACCACUGGAA